GACAUAUCUCGGCGAGUGGCGUCGGCAAAUUCUCUCUCUCUCUCUAAUGGACUCUCUGGUAGCGAGCUACGCUUCGUCGGACGAAGAAGAAGAACCUCAACAUCGAAGAGAAGCUUUCACCGUGAAAUCAUCAAAACCUUCUUCUUCUUCUUCGUCUCUAUUCUCAGUUAUUCCUCAACCUAAAGAAGCCAGAUCUUCCGAAGAUGGUAAUUUGGGUUCGUCUUCUUCUCGAGUAAAAUCGUCUCCGUUCCUCUCCUCCCUCCCUCCUCCUAAAUCCUCAAUUUCACGGCAACAAGGUCCUACUCCGUCGUCAAUUCCGAAACGUGUCGUUCAGAUCAGGCUUCCCGUAAACCCUAGACCGAGCAAUUUUGAUGAUGAGGAUGACGAAGAAGAAGAGAAAGCGAGGAAGAAGCGUAAGCAGAUGGAAUCUGCCUCCGCAUCUCACGAUUCAUCAGUGAAGUCGUUCUUAUCCGCCAUGCCUGCACCUAAGAAGAGCUCGCAAACACUCGGCGCUCUUCCUUCAUUGGGAUCAGGAUCAGGGCGAAGAUCGAAUCUCGAAACGGAGACACCUGCAGUUGCAAUUCCUCAAACGGAGUCAGGUAGUAGUGAUCAAAACCAGAGUUAUGAAUCGUUUAGCCAUAGUAAUAGCGGAACGGAACAAGCUGGUGGAGUAGAUAACUAUUAUGCUGCUGGUUAUAGUGGAUAUGAAACGAAUCAUAGUGAAAGUGUGGGAUAUGAUGCUAGUAGCUAUGGAGGUAAUACUUGGAACGGUGGUGGUUAUGAGGCUACAACGGGAUUGCCUGAAGCAGUUGUAGCUAUGGAUAGUGGUGCUAGGAGGGGAAGGAGAGGGAGGAAUCAGAUGCCAGAGAUAGUUGAGGUUAAGCAAGAUGAGCUCAUGAAGAAUAGGCCAAGAGCUGAUCAGGUUAAAUCUACUGGAAUCGCCUUUGGACCUGCUUAUCAGCCGGAAACAUCUUCAUCUAAAGGCAAAGUGUCGAAGCUUCACAAGAGGAAACAUCAAAUCACUGCAUUAUUCAUGGACAUGAAGCACAAAGAGACAGAGUUGACAGAGAGACGUUCUAGAGGAUUGCUCACAAAAGCCGAGACACAAGCUAAAUACGGAUGGUGAUUUCUCCCAAUUUGUGAUAUUGGCAACAGAUUUUCUGUAACUCACAGUGUGUAACUUUUUUUCUUUUACUUCUUCCAAAAUCCAAGCUUUGAAUGUGUAUUACUCAUAUUCCUUAAAAUGAAUCCAAUCUCAUGAAAAUAAUUUGACUUUCAA